AUGAGCGAAGAAGCCCUGGAGUCUGGCGGACAUGGUGCCAUCAAAGCUGUGGAGGAGGCAGGGUUCAGUCCGGAACUCAAGGCGCAGUUGGAGCAGAGAAUUGCUGCCGCGAAUCUCAGAUCGUCUGAAGCAGAAUUGCCCACGUCUGCCUCUCGCCACACGCGCGACCUUGCCACAGCCGACGUAUGGACUGGCACCGAGUCUAUCCACGAUGCCAGCUUGCGUAUGCUCAACGACGCCCACAAACCUAUGCGAAUGGGUCGCCCACCGAAAAUACCUGGUGUACAACCACCACAAUCAAUCGAUACCGGUCACAGACGUAGUAAGGAGGGCCGUGGCUUGCGAUUGGCGAAUGCACGCGACAGGAGCUCUGUGUAUGCGACAUUGGUGGAAAAUGGGGAUAUUGAUGCUGCAGAACGUGAGAGGCGGCUUCAAGAGCUCAAAGAACGAUUCGAGCCUGGUGCGCGUGCCAUUGUUCCUGGAACCAUACAAGGACUUGCAUCGCUUGCGAAUAAGAGAAUCGAAGAUGCAAUCGCUCGUGGACAGUUCAAAAAUAUUCCUCGUGGGAGAAAUGCCAACGUGGAACGAGAUUACAACGCUUCAAGUCCAUUCAUCGAUACAACCGAGUACUUGAUGAAUAAGAUUAUCCAAAAGCAAGAGAUCGUGCCGCCUUGGAUCGAGAAACAACAGGAACUCACAUCAGCAGUGAGUAAAUUUAGAACUCGCUUACGUGCAGACUGGAAGAGACACGCGGCACGUAUGAUAGCUAGCAAAGGCGGCUCGCUGGUAGAACAAGUCAAGAGAGCCGAGGCAUACGCCAAAGCGGAACUUAUGGUGAAUCCGUUAAAGAAGAAGCGGGUAACUCUUACAACAACCAAUGAAGGUGGACACAUGUCACAGAUUUUUCUGUCAGGGGAAUUGAAAGUAUCUCCGCCAGCUGAAGGAUCCAACGGCGGACCAGUGGUUACAGAAGAGGUGGUAGCUGAGGUAGUCACGCUUGAUGCUUCCCCAGAAGCCGUGGCGCAGAAUCGUUCUGUGGGUUCAGUCGAAGAGAUCUCUACGCAAACCAUGGAGGUGCCAGUCCAAACCCCUGAAGCUUCAGUACCUCCAGCACCGUAUCCCUUCCGCGACCCGGAUUGGGAGCGGAUCGAAGGCAGCUACCUGGCUGUUGCAAUCAAGGAUCUCAACGACAAGGCACGAAGCUACAACUUGCAAGCACCGGAGCUAGCUAAAAGGCCCUACUUCAAUCUUCAACGCGAGCUGAACUCGUGCUUUGCCGAUGUUGCACCUCAGCUCGCUGCAGCCAUCAUUGAGCGCACACGCAGACCACCCAAGAAGGCAGAAACUGGAUACACCUCUGGCCAAAAGAGCGUUCUCGAUAACAUCAUUGGUGGGCCUGUCCGAGUACGAGAUGAGCGGCGCGAGAAGCAGUAUGGCUUCAAGCAGUUUUGGAGAGACCUCUGGGCUGACAAGUCGAGCAACCCGUACUAA